AUGGACGCCAUCAAGAAGAAGAUGCAAGCGAUGAAGAUGGAGAAGGAUGCCGCCUUGGUCAGAGCUGACGAAGCUGAGUCAAAGGAACGCGAGGUGCAAACCCGUCUUGCCUCCGUUGAGGAAGAGCUCCGUGACACUCAGAAGAAGAUGGUUCAAACUGAGAACAAUUUGGACGAAAUCCAAGAGAAACUCGCCAAUGUCACCACCCAAUUGGAGGAGAAAGACAAGAAGGCUGCUGAAGCUGAGGCCGAGGUCGCUUCGAUCAAUCGCCGUAUCGUUCUCGUUGAAGAAGAGCUCCAAAGAACCGAGGAACGCCUCAAGGUUGCCACCGAGAAACUCGAAGAGGCUACUUCUCAAAUCGAUGACACUGAGAGAGCUCGUCGCGAGAUGGAAGCACGAUCAUUCCAAGUUGAAGAGAAGGCCAAUUCUGUUGAGGAACAACUCAAGGAAGCCCAAGCCCUCGCCGAGGAGGCCGACCGAAAAUACGAUGAAGUUGCCCGUAAACUUGCCAUGGUUGAGGCUGAUCUCGAGAGAGAGCUGAGGAAAGGGCUGAAGCCGGAGAGAACAAGAUCGUCGAACUUGAGGAGGAGUUGCGAGUGGUGGGAAACAACU